GAUUAAGCCUCUUUUCUACAAUUAGUUGUGUUUGAGAAUCGAACUGUGCAUCAAUGGCGUUUGCUUCUUCUUUCCGUAGAAUUCUAAUUAAUACUUCUUCUUCUUCUUCACCGUCAACAUCGAUUCUUCGUUCUCCAUUCGCUUUUUCUCGCUUCUAUGAAACUCUCACCUGUCCCAAGCUCUUUGUCAGCGGUCUCUCAAGAUUAACAACUGAUGAUAAACUUAGGGAAACAUUUUCAUCAUACGGUCAGCUUGUUGAAGCAAAAGUUAUCACAGAUAGAGCAACUGGAAGAUCAAAAGGUUUUGCCUUUUUGACAUAUGGAUCAUUAGAAGAGGCUGAAGAAGCUAGGAAGCAAAUGAAUGGAAAAUUCUUGGAUGGUUGGGUUAUCUUUGUUGAUCCUGCCAAACCAAGAGAACCAAGAUCAUCACCACCACAAACACAAACUUCGGAAAAUGGUUUCACAGUGAACAAGACAAUUGGCUGGUGUGGUUGAUUGCUGAAAUGGGGUUAGUACUGAUUAAUUCAAAUGAUAGAAGAUGAUUCUGAUGCUUCUUAGGUUGAAAUUAUUCAAGAACAGUAUAAUCCAUCAGAUAUAUGAGGAGCCAUUAUGUAUUCUUUUUAAUCAAUCAUAAGUAACUUCUUAGAA